UCCAAAAUGAACAAGAGAGCGUUUUCUGGAAAUUCCAAGCCCUAGCGCUGACGCCGCUAUAGUUAUGCAAGCAUCAAUCAUUGACCAUGAACGCAAAUGCUAGUUCCGAAGAGCCGGAGUUUACCUAUUAUCAGCAAGAGUUGGACGCGGCAUUUCACUCGCGAAACGAUGUAUUCCCGGCAGGGACUCCCGAACAUGCUGAGCUGUUGUCGUUUGUCACAAAGCUGUACAAGCUGCGAAAAACACGGCCGGAGACAGCAGCUGAUGCUACUCCAGCUGCGGACCCGCUAUUGGCGGAACGGCUGGGCCUCCCAUCGUCGUACGACGCUCGCUUUCGUAUCAGCGCCUCCUUAGUCAUACCUCCCGAACGUCUAAGCACGGCAAUUCGCUCAGUUGCACGGCGCAUGGCCAUGAGGGCUGCAGCGGCAGCUCCGGCAGGAGCAAGAGGGACCUACUCUUCCUGCCACAGCAGCGGCCGGGAUGAGCGGAGGAGGGACCGGGGUGGCGGAAGCGGCGGUGCUAGUGGCAGCUGCGGAGGCGGCAGCGGAGGCGGCAGCGGAGGAAGGGGAGGAGAUGAUGGCAGAGGAGUGACCCCUGACAUGGUGCAGGCGGCGACACGGGUGGUUGAGGAGUACCGGCGGCUGCUGCCCUGGUUCGAGGACUUCUACCAGCGGAGGCAGAUGUCCCGCUGGCGCAAGCUGCAGGCUGACCGCGCCUCCCUGCCCGCAGCCGCCUUCCGGGAGCCGCUGCUGGCGGCGCUGGCGGGGGCGCAGGCGGUGGUGGUGGCGGGGGACACGGG